GUGGCUCAAGAGGUAUUUGUGGAAUGAAUGAAGGUCUGAUGAAGGUCUCCAAAGUACAUCUCAUAAACACGCGAAGUAGGUCAACGAAUGAACGAAUGGGGGCCACAGAUUAACCAGCAGCACAUUCUCACCGUUGGGCAACUGUCAAUGUCGUCUUCUCCUACUUGUUCUAAUACCUUAUUCAAAAUACACAAACCCACAACCCGAUUCUCCACUGAACACGACUCUGUGCCUCCUCCAGAAACAAGUUUUCAGGAAGGCUGUACGUCCGCGGUAGGGCAAAGAGACAAGGCGGUCUGACAGGUAAGGCGCCCUGACCCCUCCGGCUCCCGGGGAUGCGUGGCCCGCAGGUGGGCAGCCUCGGGAACCACGGACUACAAGUCCCGGCAGGCCGCGCGGCGGUCCGCUUCGCGAGGCGCAGUCAGCGGGUGGCGGAGAGCAAGGGUCGGCGAACCCCGUCCGCCGGCUGCGGCGUGCAACCUGGCGCCGCGUCCUCGCGUCCCUCGGGUCUUGGGAGCAGACCAGAAGAAAUAAUGCUGAAUUUCUUUAAUGGCCUCGUUAGGAAAUGGGAGGAGGCUGUGGUCACUUACAGGAUUGAUGGAAUUGGAGCCCAAAGUGCCUUUCCUCUGGCCAUUCUCACCUGUGCACCAAACAGGGAAAGGGUCUGGGAACAUGGCCAGAAGGGUUCUGAAGCUUGCUUCGUGGACCGGCGUGGCUCUUACUGCCUCGGGCUUCUAUCUAUACAGUAACAAGUACUUGGAUCCUAACGACUUUGGUGCUGUCAGGGUCGGCAGAGCAGUGGCAACGACAGCUGUCAUCAGUUAUGACUAUCUCACCUCCCUGAGGAGUGUCCCCUAUGGCUCAGAGGAGUACUUGCAGCUUCGAUCCAAGGUGCACCUCCGUUCUGCCAGGCGUCUUUGUGAGCUCUGCUGUGCCAACCGGGGCACUUUCAUCAAGGUGGGCCAGCACCUGGGGGCUCUGGACUACCUGCUGCCCGAGGAGUACACCAGCACGCUGAAGGUGCUGCACAGCCAGGCCCCGCAGAGCAGCAUUCAAGAGGUCCGCCAGGUCAUCCGUGAGGACCUGGGCAAAGAGAUUCAUGAUUUGUUCAUGAGCUUUGAUGACACCCCUCUGGGGGCCGCCUCCCUGGCCCAGGUUCACAAGGCGGUGCUACAUGACGGGCGGACAGUGGCUGUGAAGGUCCAGCACCCAAAGGUGCAGGCUCAGAGCUCGAAGGACAUUCUCCUGAUGGAGGUGCUUGUCCUGGCUGUGAAGCAGCUGUUUCCAGAGUUUGAGUUUAUGUGGCUGGUGGAUGAAGCCAAGAAGAACCUGCCUUUGGAGCUAGAUUUCCUCAAUGAAGGGAGGAAUUCUGAGAAAGUGGCCCAAAUGCUCAAGCACUUUGACUUCUUAAAGGUCCCCCGCAUCUACUGGGAUCUGUCCACCAAGCGAGUGCUUCUGAUGGAGUUUGUGGACGGCGGCCAGGUCAACAACAGAGACUACAUGGAGAAGAACAAGAUCGAUGUCAACGAGAUCUCACGCCACCUGGGCAAGAUGUACAGUGAGAUGAUCUUUGUCAAUGGCUUCGUGCACUGUGACCCCCACCCUGGCAAUGUGCUGGUGCGGAAGUGCCCAGGCACAGGGAAGGUGGAGAUUGUCCUGCUGGACCACGGCCUCUACCAGGUGCUCACAGAUGAGUUCCGCCUGGAUUACUGCCAUCUCUGGCAGUCACUGAUCUGGACUGACAUGAAGAGGGUGAAGAAGUACAGCCAGCGCCUGGGAGCUGGGGAUCUUUACCCCUUGUUUGCCUGCAUGCUGACGGCCCGGUCUUGGGACUCUGUCAACAGGGGCAUUGGCCAAGCUCCAGUCACUGCCACUGAGGACGCAGAGAUCCGUAACAAUGCAGCCAAUUACCUCCCCGAGAUCAGCCAGCUCCUCAACCAUGUGCCUCGCCAGAUGCUGCUCAUCUUCAAGACCAACGACCUGCUCCGUGGCAUUGAGGCUGCUCUGGGCACCCGUGCCAGUGCCAGCUCCUUCCUCAACAUGUCACGAUGUUGCGUCAGAGCGCUGGCCAUGCACAAGAAGAAGAAUGCCAGCUCGUUCUUCAGAAGGACCCAGAUCUCUUUCAGAGAGGCUUUCAAUUUAUGGCAGAUCAACCUUCACGAACUCAUUCUGCGUGUGAAGGGAUUGAGGUUGGCCAGCUGGGUCUUGGCCCUGCUUUGCUGGCUGUUGCCCACUCCAUGCUGAGUGGACCUGCUGUCCCCUUUCCCUUUCAAUGUGAUGCUGUAGUGGGCAAGUGGACUUUUCACUCCUUGUGCUUUUGUCAUGUCUCCACCCAGGUGCCCUGUUGCUGUCACAUGUUGACCUGGAGCCCCACAGUCAUUGUCCAUGGCACCAUUAUACUCCACCUCCGGAAUCCCAGUCCUACACUGCAGCCCUUGUCUCUGGGCCCACAAGCUGUACCAUGCAAGAGGUUUCUCUCCUUAUCCAGGAAGAUGACACAAGUCUCUUUCCUGCUUCUGGCAGGCACCAUUGGGCUGGAUGUCCCCCUACUUCCGGUAACCAUUCCUGUCAUUGGGGUGGACCAUGAAUCCCACUGACUUCCUACAGGAAUUCCUACACUUAGCUUAUGGGAAGUUUGAUUUUGUGGAAAGAGAGCAUAGUUUCUGAGAGUGCUAGGAACAGACUCCCUCUCCUUGCCCUGUCACUCCCCAGAAGGUGUUGCACCUGAGCAAGAUGGCUUGGCCUCUGAGGCAUGAGUUCACUGCUGUCAUGGUGACCCCUUUGGUGUUUUAUAUACUGUGAGUCAAUAAAAACCCCUUUAAGGUUGCAGGGAAGGGCUUUGUUGGCGGGAUUUUUAUUCUAGGUUGGGAGUGAAUCCACGUUGGCCAUUAGGUAAGAAUAGACCUGGAUGCCGUGUGCCACUGUGUUCUAGUUGGCAUCAUGCCCUUGUCACCCUUUCAGCUUUUCCCCGUGUGACCACUUUCUGCCCUUUGUAGGUCCUUCUUACCUUCCAAGACUCUCAGGCUGGUUGGAGAAGUUGAGAAGCCCAAGGCCAGGAACUUGUAAGCUCAGCAAAAACCCCUGACUUUGGUUUCCCUGGGUUCUCAUCACCUUCCCUGUGAGCUGGCACCUGCUUUGUUCCACUAAUUGCCUCCUGACUUAGCCCUUUGGCUUGUCAUUUGAUGCCACCAGUCCCAGAGUCCAUAGUGUAAACCUCGGCCACUGUGGCUUGGUUUCACUCUGAAACCUCACUGGCACCUGUCUGGACUCCAUGCUUCCACCUGUUGCCCACAAGUGGCCAGAGCUGCCACGCCCCCACUCAGUCAUCUGCUUCUGUUUCUGGGACCUCCCCAAAGUCCUGUAACUCCAGGUCCCCAAGAGACCCCUCCCAUUUGGCAGGUCCUACUAUUACUGAGUACCCAUGCUCACAGACAGUCAUUGUAUUUGAGUCUCUGUGAUCUCUUACUUCACUCCAUUCACAGGGGCAGGAAACUGCUAAAUAUGAGUCUCCUCUUCUCUUUAUUCAUAAUUCAAUGAGCGGAUUUUCCACUGACCAGAGAUGAUUUGCAGUCCCUUUAUUUCCUGAAAGAAUUAAUUGUUCUUAGUGACCAGUUGGAUGCACCCAGGGACCUGAGAGAAUAAUUUGCAAGAUCUGUUAUUAAUCAUGAGGAUGCAUGCAGCAUAUUAUAUUUUAUGGUGUCUUUUAUAGCCACUGAAGUAAAUAUAAAUGUCCUUUUUGUUCAAGGUAAUGGUUACUUGCUUUUCACUUUUAGUUUAAUGGUUGACUUCCUGCUACCCUGGAAUCUAAAACAUCAGCACGUUGCCAGUGAGCGCAGCACCCAGAAUAGUUAACCAGGGAGAGGAGAGAAUCUGGGAGAGUUUAGGGUAUAGGAAAAUUUGAAAGGAGGAGGGAAGCUAGUUGGUUUUGGGUGCCUUCCUCGGAGAGAGACCAGGCUAGGUUCUUUGCAAAUAACUUAAAUCUGAUUUGUCCCAUCAGCUCUGUGAGGGGGAAGGGUCAUGAGUCUCAUAGAGAUGGGAAUCAAGGCUCAGAGAGGGUUAGUGGUUUCCCUGAAGUCACACAGGUGCUAAGUGGGAUUCCACACUUUGUUUUUUAUUCCCCAGUGCUGGAGAUCUAGAUCACACUCGCUCUGUGGCCUGUCAUAUGUGCCUGAAUUGAGUCUCAAAAACCCUGCUUUGAGAAGGAAUUGGGUUUCCAGUGGAGGUAGGGGAGUCCAGCAUAUUCUCUGGGGCCUAGGGCAGUGUGGGAGCUGGACCACUGUGGCCUGCAUGCAGUUCUGACACUGACCGUCUGGAGUUAGUGCAGAGUUCACAGGCUUCAGGGCUUAGUUCCAGAAGACUGGCCACACUUCAGACACAAAGCUGCGGGCUUGGAGGUUCACCAGCCCAACUGGCUUCAAAUUUGGGUGUUCCCCUCCCCCCAGAUUCAAUAAUUGACUAGAAUGACUCAGAACUCAGGAAAGUGAUAUACUUGUGAUUAUAAUUUUAUUUUAAGGGAUACAGAUCAGGACCAGUCAAAUGAAGAGACACGGAAGGCAAGGUCUAGUAGGAUCCUGAAUGCAAAGUUUCCACCUCCUCUCCUGUGGGAUCAGGACACAUCACCCUCGGGGCAUAUCAGUGUGCUCACUAAGCUUCAGUGUUCAGGGUUUUUAUCGGUAUUUCCUUGCAUAGACACAAUCGAUUGAAUCAUUAACAUGAUUGAACUCAGUCUCCGGCCCGCCCUUCUCUCCUCUUCUUGGAGAAAGUGGGCUGGUAUCACCCCCAUCCCAGGUCCUCUAGUAAAAACUCAAGUGUGAUCCAAGGAGCACACCCUGAAAAGCAAGGAUAUUCCUGUUGCUGAGAAAUUCCAGGGAGUUAAGUUACCUCCCAGGGGCUUGAGACAAAGAUCAGACAGGCUUUUAUUAUAUAAUAACCACUCUGAUGUGUUCUUAUCCUAUGCCCUUGGCCCGAGGUAUGUCUUUACUGACUGACCACUGGCCUGUGGCUUCUGGUUGGCUUGGGUGGAGCCGUAUCUGGAGCUUAGAGCCAUAGGAGGCAAUUCUUUCCCUGUCUCUCUCCAAUGGCUUAGCGAUAGCAUGGCUGAACUUCUAUGCGUGGCCUUGCUCUGAUUCCUUCUCUGGCCUGUGGAACUUGCCAUUAGUUGAUUUGAGUUUGAUGCUUCCCAAUAAAAUCCUGUGACUUUUUUUCUCCCAUCAGUGACAAUGGGUCAUGUCAGAAAGUCCCCAGCAGCUUACUUUGUUUUACCUUUUAACACUUAAAUACUCAGUUGAGACGUUGGCUUCUUUGACUAAGGCAACAUGGAUAUUUUCCCCUUUUUUCAGGUAGAGUAGAAAUUCCAACUCUAUGGCCAUGUGGUCUAGAGCCUAUUAGGUACAUGCUUAGUUCAUAGGUGGUUGAGAAUCCUGGCUUGUAGUAAGUGCUAAAUAAAUAUGCAGGGAUUUAGAAUCUCAGAAUACUUUUCUUCAGGGCUGUUGAAAUCUGUGUAUUAAAAAUAAACUACAUGUACCAUUCAUCCUCUGUUAGGAAGAUUGCCUUGUCUGAUUGCCAGGUUAAUUUCAGCAGGGCUCUGAGCCCACUCCCAGGCCCCCAAAAAUGUA